AUGGAGAUGUUGCGUCGCUCCUCAGUAUUCGCGGCUGAAGUGAUGGAAGUAUUUGACCGAUCCCCCACAGACAAGGAGCUGGUGUCACAGGCGAAGGCGCUAUGCAGGGACUACAUCCAUUCCAGGCUGAACCGAACCGGGAUAGGGUGGUCCAAACCCGAGCAUCAGCUCUCGGCAUCAGGUGGGAUGCUUGGAGAGGUAUCCUCUGUCCUCAUGUGGUUAGGUAAGAGGGCGCCAGUGCGCAAUUUCUACAUUGGUGGGCUAGUGUCUGUGAAUGACAGGCUGCGUACCUAUUGGUUCUGUAUUCAGCAGCAUAUCCUAUAUGACCAUUUUACAAAGGCACACGGUAAUCGAUUGUCUACAAUGUCCAAAUAAUAUUGUAUUUAUUUAUAUGAUAGGUUCAGUUUAUAGAUACAGCUAUUAUAGGCUAUAGACAAGCUUAGUUAGUCACAUCAGCCUUGGUGUUGGAAUUUUGCUCUCUGCUCAGACUCCUAUCUAGACAUUCAAAUGAUGUCAUGAGGUUGUGGAAGUUACCUAGGCUACUUCCUCUGUAGCCUGCUAUACCUCCUCCUCCUCCUCCUCUGUAUUAUUCUGAUAAAGAGAAGUGGACACUCCUGAAAGAUAGACACACUGAUGAAUCACUGUCUGAAGCCCACACAGUGCAUCACACGAACAUCCUGUUACUAAGCAACGGGGAAUACCUCUAGUCUAAAUAAAUACCUUCUAACCAUGGAGCAGAUGUUUAGUCAUGUCUGCGUCCCAAAAUGGCACCCUAUUCCCUAUUUAGUGCACUACUUUUGACCAGAGCCCUGAAAUAGGGUGCGUGCACACAGGUCUACCUCAGGAUCAGAGGCAACUGACCUGCAGCUAAUAGCAGAAAUGAUACCAGUGAAACGCGGAGAGUAAAGGGAGAUAACUUAUUUAAAGAUUUUGUGGCUGAGAUAAUACCUACAGCACUGGUGAAAAGGGAAGUCACUAGCAUGGUCCCGGAUCUGCGCUGUCUUGUCCACUUCCAUGGUUGACAAUGACAAUAGGAGUGGUCUAGACGUACAGAUCCAAUACAUUUGUAUUCUAAUUCCUAAUUCUAUGGGGUUAUACAGCCAGGACUGUGCACAGACCUUUCAUGGGGCAGGUGCUCAAAAUGAAAAAAAAAUCCCACAAAUUGUAAGCAAUUUGAUGAUUGAUGUAAAUCUGCUAGUUAGCUGGCUCCAUUUCUUUUACUGGUUUGUGAUUUAUCAUCAGAGUUUAUUGGUUGUGUACACAGAUUUGCAGAUGCUGUCGCAGGUGUAGCGAAAUUCUUGUGUUUAUAUCUCCAACAGUGCAGUAAUACCUAGCAAUACAAAACAAUACACACAUAAUCCAAAAAGUUAAAAGAAAUAAAUUAAGAAUUGUCAGAAUUAAUUCAAUUAACAAAACUAAACAGUAAUCCAAAUGUUCAUAUCAAAUAACUUCAUAAUAUUAAUAAUCUUCUAACUCAUGAUAUAUGGCUGGCUGGCUGGAUGGCUGGCUGGCUGGCUAGUGGAUGGCUGGCUGGCUGGCUAGUGGAUGGCUGGCUGGCUGGCUAGUGGAUGGCUGGCUGGCUGGCUAGUGGCUGGCUGGCUGGUGGCUGGCUGGCUGGCUGGCUAGUGGCUGGCUGGCUGGCUAGUGGCUGGCUGGCUGGCUAGUGGCUGGCUGGCUGGCUAGUGGCUGGCUGGCUAGUGGCUGGCUGGCUGGCUAGUGGCUGGCUGGCUGGCUAGUGGCUGGCUGGCUGGCUAGUGGCUGGCUGGCUAGUGGAUGGCUGGCUGGCUAGUGGCUGGCUGGCUAGUGGAUGGCUGGCUGGCUAGUGGCUGGCUGGCUAGUGGAUGGCUGGCUGGCUAGUGGCUGGCUGGCUGGCUAGUGGCUGGCUGGCUAGUGGAUGGCUGGCUGGCUAGUGGCUGGCUGGCUAGUGGAUGGCUGGCUGGCUAGUGGCUGGCUGGUUGGCUGGCUAGUGGAUGGCUGGCUGGCUGGCUAGUGGAUGGCUGGCUGGCUAGUGGAUGGCUAGUGGAUGGCUGGCUGGCUGGCUGGCUAGUGGCUUGUGUGGAUAUGUUUAGUAUAGGUGGUUAGCUUGACUGUAGACUAGGCCUACCUGUGUUGCUGCUGCCCUGAAAACAACCGACUGAAGAAGGGGUGGAGUUGGGUCGGAGAGUCGUCAACUACCGACUGAAGGUGGGGUGGAAUUGGGUCGGAGGUCGUCAACAUCCGACUGAAGGUGGGGUGGAGUUGGGUCGGAGGGUCGUCAACAACCGACUGAAGGUGGGGUGGAGUUGGGUCGGAGGGUCGUCAACAACCGACUGAAGAAGGGGUGGAGUUGGGUCGGAGAGGUCGUCAACAACCGACUGAAGAAGGGGUGGAGUUGGGUCGGAGGGUCGUCAACUACCGACUGAAGGUGGGGUGGAGUUGGGUCGUAGUUAUAGAUCUGUCAUUGAAAUCAAGUCUAAGACGCGGUAGAUCUGUUCUAUGUGGUGUACAAAAACAUUAGGUUUUGUACACCAUAUUGUAAAAUACAAUAUUUUUGGUUGUAGGAAAUAUAUUUCACAGCGGUUUAGAUGCUACAAUGAUUCUCUACUUGCUUGUUUUGUCACAUUAACUGAAAUUAGGCGAACUAUUAGAAUUUUAGCAACCAGGAAAUAGUGGAGCGAUUUCUGCAUAUUGCAGGUAGCUCGCUACACACACACACAUGACCGCAUCUCUCAAACCUGCAUGUUUGGAUACCGGGUGCGUGCAAUCUCUGUACAGGGAAGGCUGGGAAACUUCGAACUUGACAAUGACUUGGGGCAGUGGGUUCCGAACAACAAUGACACUUUAUUUUAUUUUAUACAGAACAGUUUUUUUGGGGGGGGGGAAAUUCUACCACCACCCAAUAGGGCACUUUGGAGACUGGAAGGGCAAAGGGGCAUGUGCUCUGUCAGGUAGAGACCUGUCUGUGCCUGUUUACAGAAACAAACAUAUCUCUGACCAGGCUGGGAAACCAAACCACCUCACUGGCUCACUACCUGUCCUGUUGUUCCCUAGGUGAUGAGUUGGACUGCCUGAUUGGCUCACUACCUGGGGAUGUAUUUAUUACGUCUUGCAACGGAAACCGUUUACCGUUUUUAAGAACCAAAUGGAACGAAAAGGGGAGGGACCUGGUUGAAUUAGUUCAAUAGAAACUCUCGUUUUCGUUGCAAAACGUUUUCCAUUUGGAGUAACGGUUUCUGUUCCAAAAAACAACCGUUUCUGUUGUUCCCUAGGUGAUGAGUUGGAGAACCUGAUUGGCUCACUACCUGUUCUGUUGUUCCCUAGGUGACGAGUUGGAGUACCUGCGACCCAACAUCUACCGUAAUGUAGCUCGUCAGCUGAACAUCACCGUUGCGUCUGAGAGCGUGGUGUCCGAUGCCUUCCUGGCUGUGGCUGCAGAGAUCUUCUCCACCGGUAGGGCAAUGCCUAUUCACUACUACACCAGUAGGACUAUACCUAUUCACUACUACACCACUAGGACUAUACCUAUUCACUACUACACCACUAGGACUAUACCUAUUCACUACUACACCAGUAGGACUAUACCUAUUCACUACUACACCAGUAGGACUAUACCUAUUCACUACUACACCAGUAGGACAAUGCCUAUUCACUACUACACCACUAGGACUAUACCUAUUCACUACUACACCGGUAGGGCAAUGCCUAUUCACUACUACACCGGUAGGACUAUACCUAUUCACUACUACACCACUAGGACUAUACCUAUUCACUACUACACCGGUAGGGCAAUGCCUAUUCACUACUACACCGGUAGGACUAUACCUAUUCACUACUACACCGGUAGGGCAAUGCCUAUUCACUACUACACCACUAGGACUAUACCUAUUCACUACUACACCGGUAGGGCAAUGCCUAUUCACUACUACACCACUAGGACUAUACCUAUUCACUACUACACCAGUAGGACUAUACCUAUUCACUACUACACCAGUAGGACUAUACCUAUUCACUACUACACCAGUAGGACUAUACCUAUUCACUACUACACCAGUAGGGCAAUGCCUAUUCACUACUACACCAGUAGGACAAUACCUAUUCACUACUACACC